AUGCGACCGAGGGCCCCGCUGCCUCCUCAGGCAGCCCUCGCGGCUCAGGCCCUCGGGGGGGGGCCCCCUGGCCCCGAGGGCCCCUGGGGCCCCCGUGACCAGGGCGGCCCCAUGCCCUCUAUGGGGGCCCCACCGGGAAGACCUCAACACGGCCGCGGCAGAGUCAGCUGGAUGCCUUUUGGAGGGGGCCCCAUGGGCCUGCGUCCACCCUUUGGGCCCUUAGGGGCCCCCGGUGUCCCCCCGUUUCUUCCUAUGGGGAACGCGGGAGGCCCUCACGGGCCCGCGGGGCCACAGGGAAGCGGAGGCCCGAUGGGCCCUCCUCCUAUGGGGGCCUUUCCUAAGGGCCCCAACGGGAUGCCCCCCCCACUGGAGGGGGCCCCCGGCCCUGGAGGCCCCCCCUUCUUGGAGCCUGGAGGGAGCCCUCAGGGGGUCGGGCCUGGACAGCACAUGCAGCCCCCGCCUCCUCCCUUUUUGCGGGCUGUAGGAGGCCGAGGGGGCAGCCAUAGUUCAGGCCUCCCCCUGGAGGCAGCUCCGAGUGCUACGGGGACGGAGGCACAGUCGCGCAUGAGGGGCCCCCAAAUGGGGACCGCCCCUCCCAUGGGCUUGGAGAUGGGGGGGGCCCCACACCAUCCUAGGGCGGGGCCUCCCUUCUUUAUGGCUGCCCAUAUGCACCUGCAGGGGGGCCCCGGGAUGCCCCCUCCGCCUCCUCCGGAGGCUUUCGGUAUGAGGGGGAUGCCUCCGGACUGGGUCCAUGGGCCCCCUGGAGGCCCCCCCAUCGGUCCGAGCAUCCCGCACUUGGGGCCCCUGAUGCAUCCACCCCAAGGGGACCCAGCAUGCAGUGCUGCAGCUGGAGAUGUCGCUGCCUUCUCGGGGUACACUACGGGAGAGGGCCCAUUGAGGACGGGGGAGCAGGGGGGGCCCCCCCUCGGAGGGUCUCCGGUUCCCCGCGGCGACAUCGUGGAUGGGCAACAGCAGCAAGCAGGAGUGGGAGUAGGGGGCCUCGUGGAUGCAGGCGAAGAGGCAGCAGUGACCAAGACUCCCGAAGAAGCCGAGGAGGAAGCUCUUUUCGCGUGGCUGGAGCAGACCCUAGUUACGGCCACUCCGGAGAAACUGAUGCAGCAAGUGGGGCCCCUCUUACAACCCCAAGACGGUGCAGCAGCAGCAGCAGCAGCAGCAGGCAACGUUCUAGCACUGCGGGGGCUUUCUGCCUUCGCCGGCCUGCCAGGUCCAUCUACGUUGCGGCUGCUGCUAGAGCUGAAGGACCGACUUCCCAGAUGCAGUGCGGUGCCUCUUGUCUCAUCUGUCAUGUCUUCACUACCGAAAUGCGCCUCACCGCCAGCAGCAGAAGUCAAAGCGGAGGAGGAAAAAGACGGGGGUCCAGAGGUGAGUCCCCCCGCAUCUCAGCGCGUUUGCGUAAGAGGAGUCAAUAAAAAUGAGGAAGGUGCCGAGUCCAAGCUUCCUCCACUGUGCAUACACUCGGGUGCAACGAGAGCAGGAGCAGCGGCACGGGUGUGUCCCCUAGGUGUCUCGGGGUUGUCGCUUUCUGCUGCAACCAUGCAACUGCAGUCACUGAGUUUCGCUGUGUAA